AUGAUGUCUCCCUUCUCUCAGCGAGAGAACAGCCGUCUUCGAAGAUCUAUUAAGAUGCUGCUGGCCACUGUUGUCCUUAUGGCCAUUAAGCUUGCAUUGGCCGCAUAUCUUACCGUCCCCGUGGGCAAAGAGUGUGAGAUGCUCCGGUAUCUUCAAGAGCAACAGCAGGAGUACUCUCAUCACGGCAAAAAUACUGUCACAAAGAGAGCCAUUCCUUGGGUUUUGGGUGCCCUUCUCUGGACAGGCAACCAGGUGUUUACAUUCCACAGCUUAGCGACUAGCUGUUCGGAGUUCAGCAGCAGCGCCGGAAAUGCUGCGAUCUGUAUUUGGGGAGAGAUCUCCACCGCCACAAGCUUUAUCGGAGCCGGUACCCAGGUGGCAUGGAAACGGGAUGUGGAUAUGGCCAGUUUUGAGGCUGACAUUGCGCACUUCGGGGACCUCCUGAGCAACGUUUUCCAACUGCCGGUCAUUUUUGACGGUUAUAUGAGACAUGAUCAUCCGAGAUUGAAGCUGCUCAGCCUAUUUGAGGGUACCUCCUGGCAUGUUUUUCAUAUGCAUAACCAUAAGAACACCCGUGUGCACUUGACCGUUACGGCUCUCCACGAUACGCACAUGGUCAUGUCGAUGGGAUUCGGAGCAAAAUCGAAUCAUAGCAGCAUUGCGAAACGUGAAACUUAUAAUGAUGAGUACUUCACCAACGGCGGAAUUGAUUUCACCAGCUGCUGGGAGAACGAGGUGCCACAUUAUACCCUCAGUACGGGCUCUGAUUAUCAGCAGAUGGACCGAGAUAUUGAGUGCUACUUCCCCGACUUAUCUAACACUUGGGGAGCGGAUGUUCAGAUCUACGACUUUAACAAGCAUAUAACCAUCGGCGCUGGCUCCAUUGCUGCUUUCCGUGGCAGUGAUCAUGCCAGUAGCGUUAGUGUUAUGUCUGGAUGCCGGAGUGGUGUGCAAACAACGGACAAUUGCGAUGCUGUCUAG